AUGGCUGUAAUAAACACAAGACGCGAUCACAGAAUGGAGCAAAAGGCUGUAGAAAAAGGAGCGGACGUGAUGUCGGUGAACAAGUUGCAUAUGAUUGGUCAACUUGAGGAUAAUUAUCUCCUCGAUCAACCUGAGCACUAUGGUCAACUUCAGUUUUUUCAACACGCCACUGGUAUCACUGACAAGAGAAGAUUGCGUAAUCAUAUCAUUUCUAUUGCCAAGGAGGCAUACGCUGUUUUCCCUUAUCCGUGCAUCUGGGCCUUGUAUUUUUGUUACACUCGAGUCCUGACACAUCCGGUCUAUCAGCAAGUUUUGGAGCAGUCUCUACGCGAUUCGGAUCAGGGCCGACAACCAAUCUUCCUAGAUGUUGGCUCCUUCAUCGGCAUCGAUCUUCGACAGGCGGUGUACAGUGGAAUGAAAAGGGAUAAUGUGAUCGGAACUGACUUGAUUGAUGGUGAGCUGAGCUGA